AUGACCGUUAACCACUUCGCGUACUUGGUGUGGCCAGAUCAUACAGCACCCUUCAGUCCUGCACCAAUGGUCGGGUGUUUGAAGCUGUGCCGCCAACUUGCUUCCGGCCAACCAAUCACGGUGCACUGUUCGGCAGGCAUUGGAAGGUCAGCCACGUUUGUAGCAAUCGAUUACGCAUGGCAAAGAAUUCGCGAAAACGGCGACGUGCAGAUGAUUGAUGUCCUGAAAGAGGUUCGGCAGCAACGGUUCCAUGCAAUUCAGUCACCAAUACAAUACAUAUUUUUGCAUAUGUGCCUGCUUGAAAUGGCUAAUGAGGAAAAUUUGCUGCCACGUAAAAAAUACGGCCCUUACUUGGACGCCUACGUUUCUAUGCUCAAAAAAUACAACAAAAAGGUGCAGGCAGCCGAAGCGAGGGCUGAAGCAAAAGAGGCCGCC